GAGGAGGAGCUGUAACUAUAUAUACUGAAGAGAAAGACGGACAGAAACGGACAGAAGCAGAAAUGUCUGAUCAGUGUGAUCUGUGUCUGCUGGGACUGAUCAUUCUCUCUUCACUUCUCACAGGCACCAGUGGAGCGGAUUAUGAUCAUGUGUUCAUCAGUUCUGGUGUAAAUGUCCGUCUGUCCUGUAAUAAAACUCUUUCUGACUGCAAAUCAACUGUAUGGCUCUAUAACAGAUUCAGAGUUCCAACAGUUGAACUGAUUGAAUUAGGGAUAAAGAAUGAAGACACAGAGAGACAUGAGAGACUGAGUCUGGAGUCUGACUGCUCUCUGAACAUCAAGAACGUCACAGAAGAAGAUUAUGGAUCUUACACCUGCAGACAAUAUGUGAACGACACACAACAAGGAUCUGAUGCACCUGUUUAUCUGCAUGUUCUUCAUGUUUCAGUGUCUCCAUCAUCAUCAUCAUCUUCAUCAUCAUCUUCAUCCUCACAAACUGAGAUCAGUCCAGGCCGCUCUGUGACUCUCUCCUGUCAGUUGUAUUCAUAUAUGAGAUACUCCUGUGAUUAUUGGGUUCGUUCUGAGGGAUUUGAGCUGUUGUGGGUGAAUCAGGCUGGUGUUGAUCUGAAGACAGACUCCAGAUAUCAGAUAUCAUCAUCAUCAUCAUCAUCACCAUCAUCAUCAGGUCAAGAUCCCUGUAUCAUCACUCUGACUACAACACUCCUGAAUGAAGAUAACAACAGAGAGUGGAGAUGUCAGCUUACUCGCAGAAAUCAACUCCAGACGUCAGUCACAUACACUGUCAAGUAUUCAGGUGAUGUGUGUGAACAUUCAUCUUCUGCAGCUCCAGUCUCUUCAACAACACUGACUCCAGACAGCAGAUCAAACUCUGAGAAGACAUCAAGCAGAACUACAGCAACAGCUCCUACACAAGUUGUAACAUCAACUACAGCAAUACCACUGACUCCAGACACCACAGCAAGCUCUCUGAAUCCAGGUCCAGCUGAUACAGCUUCAGAAACUGCUGAAUUAUUAUACAGAGUGAUUGUGAGUAUUGUUGAGAUUGCACUGUUUGCUGCUCCUACUGUGAUUCUUCUUCAGAUCAUCUGUGCAAGAAGAGCUGGGAGGAAGAACUUGAAGCACCCAGAGGAAAUAGAGAUGCCUGCAAUAUUACAAUAAAAUACUGGUGAUGUGUGUGAACAUUCAUCUUCUGCAGCUCCAGUCUCUUCAACAACACUGACUCCAGUCAGCAGAUCAAACUCUGAGAAGACAUCAAGCAGAACUACAGCAACAGCUCCUACACAAGGUUCAUGAUCACAUGACCACUGGCACACAUCAUCACUCUCGCUUCAGUGGUUUGCACUGGCUCUUACAGACUGCUUUAUCAUUUACAUUUAUUCAUUUAGCUGAUGCUUUAAUCCAAAGUGACUUACAAUAUCUAUAUAUGUCAGAGGU